CAAAUAUAGAGAUUUAAGGGUAAUUAUUUUAUGAUAACAGUAUGCUUUAUACUGCAGUAUAAAACUUGAAAUUGUUAAACUUGAAACAGGAGAGUGAAGUUGGAGUAUUUUCCGGUGUAUGUGGCACUAGGAAUGAUAGCCCUACAGAUGUCUUUAGGGUUAGAAACAAUUGUACACCAGCUGAGGCGAUCACCUAAUGUGCGUGUGAAGAAAUCAAGGAGAGAAAUUGUAGCGGAGGUGGAGGAGCCUGAUCUUGUGCUGGAAGAAGCCGACAAGUUCCUAAAGAAAUCAUGGUUCAGACAUAUAGCUCAUAUUCAGGAUUUUGAUGAUCAAUCUGUUAUGCAUGAUCCCAUGCGUGGGGAUGUUCUCGCCAGGAAGCCUCGAGCUGUAACACUGAAAUCUGUGGGAGUGGAUCCAAACCCACACGGAUACUGAGAUUUGCUCAAUUUGGAUGUGAUCGUUGGUCUUAAAGCUCUCUGACCAGGAAUAUUUGUUUGGACGACAAGGGGCAUCGUUCAUUUGUACUUCAGGACGCUUUUUAGUAUACCAUGAACUCGUGAUCGAAAGUAGUCAGUAACAAAGGCUUGUUUUUUUUAAAAAAUUUACCCUGUUCGACUUUUAUGAGCAGUCAUGUAUUUUCUUUACUCUUCCGUUAGUGAAUGAGCACGUCUGUAUUUUCUCCA